UAUUUGAAAAACAAGAAAUUGCAAUUUCAUUUCAUUUCGGCGAAAGGGGGUUUGUUAGGGCUUUGCAUUUGCCUGAACUGAAGCGAUUUCCAUUUCAUCUUUCUCUCUGCCCGCGCAUUCUGUUUCUAUCAUCUUCUUCUUCUUCCGAAAUGAGUAUCAGUAGAUCGAGAUCCAUCCUUAAACAGAUCAAGCCGUUGCUCGUCCCUCAAAGAGCGAUUUCACCUUCUCCACUCUCAUCCAUUCUUAGGCAAUCCACGCUAGCCUCCUCCGUCCGCAAUUUCCGCACUAGUCGCGAUCCUUCUCAGAGGUAUGAAAUAUCUCCUCCUAUCAACUGGGGAGUCCGUAUAGUUCCUGAGAAGAAGGCAUUUGUAGUGGAGCGAUUUGGAAAAUAUGUCAAGACGCUGACUCCUGGAAUUCACGUCCUUAUUCCUUUCGUUGACCGAAUUGCUUAUGUGCAUUCCUUGAAGGAGGAAGCAAUUACAAUUCCAGACCAGUCAGCUAUCACCAAGGACAAUGUCAAUAUCUUAAUUGAUGGUGUAUUGUAUGUUAAGAUUGUCGAUCCAUGUCUGGCAUCAUAUGGUGUUGAGAACCCUGUCUAUGCUGUUAUUCAGCUUGCACAGACAACAAUGCGAAGUGAGCUUGGUAAGAUCACGCUUGACAAAACGUUUGAGGAAAGAGACACUUUGAACGAGAAAAUAGUGGUUGCCAUCAAUGAAGCUGCGAAAGAUUGGGGGCUAAAGUGUCUUCGAUACGAAAUAAGGGAUAUAUCUCCACCUAAGGGAGUAAGGGCUGCUAUGGAGAUGCAAGCAGAAGCUGAGCGCAGAAAGAGAGCUCAAGUUCUUGAGUCAGAAGGAUUUAGACAGUCGAAUAUCAAUAAAGCACAAGGAGAAGCAGAAGCUAUCCUUGCUAAAGCACGGGCAACAGCCGAAGGAAUUGACAUGGUUUCUAAAGCCCUAAAUGAAAGCGGUGGCGUGGAGGCUGCAAGCUUAAGAAUUGCUGAGCAAUAUAUCGGCGCCUUUGGUCAGAUUGCCAAAGAGGGUACUACAUUACUUCUUCCUGCCUCAGUAUCUAAUCCUGCAAGCAUGAUGGCCCAAGCUAUGAGCAUAUACAAAAACUUGAUUCAUAAUAAAACCGUCGACGGAGCGCUAGAAGUUGGUCCUGCUGAUUCAGGAAAGAGUAAACCAAAAUCGUAUGAUGCAGAUCAUUUUGGGGAGCCUGUAUUUUCCCUUCAAAGUCCUAAUAAGAAGAACGAUCACUAAAGUUAGUCACUACCACUAACAACCAAGGUAAUGAAUGAUCUGUAGAUCUCUGUAUUAUUUUUGUUUCCAAUAUGAUCAAAAGAAGAAGUUUUUCACAUUUAACAACAUGUGUAUGUGCAAACCAUGAAAGGAAGAAAUUUGAUGUUCUUUUGGUUUCUUUCAUUAAAUAAAGACUCUCCAUUAUUUGAAUUCUG